GCCUACAACAGUGCCAACUACCACGAAGCCGUCUCUCAGACGUUCGCGGCUGUCGUCAAGCGUAUCGGCACAGGCCCGUGGGGCGGCGGUCUUUGGCAAGGGGACUGCCAACAGUAUUUCUUGGCAGUUUGGCUUGCCACGAGUUUGCUGCCGGCGAUGGAGCUGGACUAUUAUAUCUACGAUCACUUCUGUGAGAAUGCAGGUCACCAGUGCUUCGUUCUUGAGAAAGGGUUGUGCGAGAAGUGCAUCCAGCUGAGCGGGAUGUCGGCUGUCAUCGAUGCUUCACGCUGUGGCGAUGCUGGCGCAGCAGAAAUGGUACAGCGCAUGAACGGCCGACAGGCGCAGGACAUCUACUACCUGCUGCGGGAUAUCGGGCCACCGCCCACCCAG